AAAAUCUAAAUCUAAUAGUUAUAGAAAUAAAUCACUCUAAAACAAUAAUAUCCCAAUUGAGAGUCAAAAUUCACAUAUGAAUAUAUGAUGAUGAUAUUCAUAUGAAUGAAUGUUCCACUUUCUUGACAACAAAAUCAACACGUCUCCAGAUGUAAUUCCCCACUUAAUCAAGUUAGACUCUCUUCACUUCACACCAAACAACACUCUCAAGUUUUUGAAGUUUCUGCAAAGCUCUUACUUUCAAGCACCAACAAAAAAACACACACACACACACACAUCUUUCUUUACAUUUUCAUCUAAAUUUAGAAGAAAAAAAGUCAUUUUUUGGGUACUGGGGUUCCUUUUUUCUUUCUGAAAUACCUUAAUCUUUGGAUCAGAUUUCAAGAUUGUCGAUUAUCGAUCUGAAACACCAUGUAUUUCUUGAUUAUUUGAUUUGUGGGUUUAUCAUACGAAAAGAAAUUGAAUUUCUUUAUAUGAAAUUACUGGAAUUGUGAGCGAGAUGGCUCAAUUAUCUGAACGUGAAAGGUCGCCUAAUGUGCAGCGAAGGGGGUUUCGAGUUCAAGCUCCAUUGGUGGAUUCCGUAUCAUGCUAUUGCAAAGUCGAUGCGGGAUUAAAAACAGUCGCCGGGGCCCGCAAAUUCGUUCCCGGGUCAAAAAUUUGCAUCCAACCCGACAUCAACCCACACGCACACAAAACCAAAAACAGCCGAAAAGAGCGGACCCGCAUCCAACCCCCCCUCCUCCCGGGUCUCCCUGAUGACCUGGCAAUCGCGUGUCUAACGCGGGUCCCACGAGCCGAACACAACAAACUCCGGUUAGUUUCCAAAAGAUUUUUCAGACUCUUAUCAAGUAACUACUUUUACUCCCUAAGAAAAACCCUAGGAAUGGCUGAAGAAUGGGUUUAUGUCUUCAAACGAGAUCGUGAUGGAAGAAUCUCAUGGCAUGCAUUCGACCCCACUUACCAAAUUUGGCAACCACUUCCACCUGUCCCGGUUGAUUACGAAAAUGCCCUUGGGUUUGGAUGUGCGGUUUUGAGCGGUUGUCAUCUUUAUUUAUUUGGCGGGAAAGAUCCUUUAAAGGGUUCGAUGAGACGUGUGGUUUUUUAUAACGCGAGAACAAAUCGAUGGCAUAAAGCUCCCGAUAUGCAAAGAAAGAGACAUUUUUUUGGAUCUUGUGUUAUAAACAAUUGUCUUUAUGUUGCGGGAGGUGAAUGUGAUGGAGUUCAUAGGACUCUUCGAUCUGUUGAAGUUUAUGAUCCAAAUAAACGUCGAUGGAGUUUUAUUACAGAUAUGAGUACACCAAUGGUGCCUUUUAUUGGAGUCGUUUAUAAUGGAAAGUGGUUCUUGAAAGGACUUGGGGCUCAUAGAGAGGUUUUGAGUGAAGCGUAUACACCAGAAUCAAACACGUGGGUGUCAAUUACUGAUGGAAUGAUUGCAGGGUGGAGGAAUCCGAGUAUUUCCAUGAAUGGGAAGCUUUUUGCUUUGGAUUGUCGAGAUGGGUGUAAAAUUAGGGUUUAUGAAGAGGAUACGAAUUCUUGGAAGAAGUUUAUUGAUAGUAAAGUUCAUCUUGGAAGCUCGCCUGCUAUGGAGGCAGCUGCUCUUGUGAAUCUUAAUGGGAAGUUGUGUAUUAUUCGGAAUAAUAUGAGUAUUAGUCUUGUUGAUGUUUCGAGUAAAGAUAAAAAAGUGGAAAGUAAUCCGAAUCUUUGGGAGAAUAUUGCGGGAAAAGGGCAUAUAAAGACUUUGUUUACAAAUUUAUGGUCGAGUAUAUCAGGGAGGAAUGGGCAAAAGAGUCAUAUUGUGCAUUGUCAGGUGCUUCAGAUUGGAGACACCCGUAUCUUUGAACGUAUAUGUCGUUAUCUUCUUUCUUUAUAA